GCCUGUGAUGCAGGACGAUGCCCCGGAGCCCUGGGUCCAGCGAGGAGGAGAGGGUCUCGGAGUAUCCCGAGGGGGAAUCAGACUCCGAAAGCUCCCGCGACGGCCCCCCCGGCGUUAGCCCUGGCCCCCUGGACCGCAGGACCCAGGGGCCCCCCAUGUCGGUGCCCGACGACGCCCGCUUCAGUAUGAUGGUCUUUCGGAUCGGCAUCCCCGACCUGCACCAGACGAAAUGCCUGCGUUUCAACCCCGACGCGGCCAUCUGGGUGGCCAAGCAGCAGAUCCUCUGCACUCUGAACGAGAGCCUGAAGGACGUGCUGAACUACGGGCUCUUCCAACCGGCCACCAAUGGGCGGGACGCCAAGUUCCUGGACGAGGAGCGGCUGCUGCGUGACUACCCCCAGAGCUUCGAGAAGGGCGUGCCCUACCUCGAGUUCCGCUACAAGACCCGGGUUUACAAACAGACCAACCUGGAUGAGAAGCAGCUGGCGAAAUUGCACACCAAGACUGGCCUGAAGAAGUUCCUGGAGUACGUGCAGCACGGGGCAGCGGAGAAGGUGGCGCGGCUUCUGGACAAGGGCCUAGACCCCAACUACCACGACUCAGACACGGGGGAGACCCCCCUGACGCUGGCAGCCCAGCUAGAGGGGACUGUCGACGUGAUCCGGCUGCUGUGCCUCGGGGGUGCGCACAUUGAUUUCCGGGCACGGGACGGAGCCACCGCGCUGCACCGGGCAGUGUGCACCCGGCGCUACGCGGCCCUGACGGCGUUGCUGGACCUUGGGGGCUCCCCCAACUACAAGGACCGUCGGGGCCUCACCCCCCUGUACCACACAGCCAUGGUGGGGGGUGACCCACGCUGCUGCGAGCUGCUGCUCUACAACCAAGCCCACAUCGGCACCAUGGACGAGAAUGGCUGGCAGGAGAUCCACCAGGCCUGCCAGCACGGGCACUCCCAGCAUCUAGAACAUCUGCUCUUCUACGGGGCCGAGCCGGGAGCCCAGAACGCCUCCGGGAACACGGCGCUGCACAUUUGUGCCCUCUACAACAAGGAAAGCUGCGCCCGGAUCCUGCUCUACCGGGGGGCCAACAAAGAGAUUAAGAACAACAGUGGCCAGACGCCUUUCCAGGUGGCUGUGAUUGCUGGGAACUUUGAGCUGGGGGAGCUGAUCAAGAACCACCGGGACGCUGAUGUGGUCCCGUUCCAGGAGUCCCCGCAGUACGCAGCCCGGCGCCGAGACGGGGGGCGCAGUCUGGGGGUCCCCCACCUCCUCCUCCGGGCCAACAGUGACACCAGCAUGAACGUGCCAGACUGGAUGCUGUACGGCUCCCCUGCCGCACCCCCGCCGCCGGCCACGGUGGCUGUGCAGGCCCCAAAGAUCGCCACGGGGACCCUGCGCAGCGCCAGCAGCCCCCGCGGUGCCCGCACCCGCUCCCCCUCCCGCGGGCGCCACCCUGAGGAUGGCAAGAGGCAGCAGCGUGGACGCCCCAGUUCUAGCGGUUUCCCCAGGGACUCGGCAGCGGGUGGGACCCUGAACAGCCGGGGAAUGAAGCGGAAGCUUUACUCAGCCGUGCCGGGCCGAACCUUCAUGGCCAUGAAACCCUAUCAGGCCCAGGCGGAGGGCGAGCUGUCCCUCAGCAAGGGCGAGAAGAUCAAGGUGCUGAGCGUGGGCGAAGGCGGGUUCUGGGAGGGGCAGGUGAAGGGCCGGGUCGGCUGGUUCCCCUCGGACUGCGUGGAGGAGGUGCAGACCAAGUCCCAGGAUGGAAAGCAAGAGAGCCGGAGCGACAAGGCCAAGCGCCUCUUCCGACACUACACGGUGGGGUCCUAUGACAGCUUUGACGCCCCCAGUGACUACAUCAUUAAGGAGAAGACGGUUUUGCUGCAGAAGAAGGACAACGAGGGGUUCGGUUUCGUCCUGCGUGGAGCCAAGGCGCAGACCCCCAUCGAGGAGUUCACGCCCACCCCGGCCUUCCCCGCCCUGCAGUACCUGGAAUCCGUGGAUGAGGGGGGCGUGGCCUGGCGCGCCGGCCUCCGCAUGGGGGACUUCCUAAUCGAGGUCAACGGGCAGAACGUGGUGAAGGUUGGGCACCGGCAGGUUGUGAACAUGAUUCGCCAGGGGGGCAACAACCUGAUGGUGAAGGUCGUCAUGGUAACCAGGAACCCUGAGAUGGAAGAGGCCAUGAGAAAGAAAGCGGCUCCCCAGCAGACGAAACGACUGCCUCCCCCAGCCAUCUCCAUGCGCUCCAAAUCCAUGACCUCUGAGCUGGAGGAGAUGGUCUCCCCCUGGAAGAAGAGAAGUGAUUACGAGCCGGCGCUGGCCACGGAGAAGAAGAGGACGGUCUAUCAGAUGGCACUGAACAAGCUGGACGAGAUCCUGGCUGCAGCUCAGCAGACGAUCAGCGUGGGGGAGGGACCCAGCUCCGGCGGGCUCCCCUCCCUGGGGAAGGCCCGGGGGCCCAAGGGCUACUUCACCUCUGAGGCAAACUUCGAGCCGCAUCGGAUGGGGCAGCCCAGUUAUGAGCGCCCGUCGUACCUGCCCCCCGGUGCCCCCCAGGGCCUCAUGCUGCGCCAGAAAUCCAUCGGCUCGGCGGAGGACGAGAAGCCCUACCUGGCUCCCCCAGCCAUGAAAUUCAGCCGCAGCUUGUCCGUCCCCGGCUCGGAGGACAUCCCCCCGCCCCCCACCACCUCCCCUCCCGAGCCCCCUUACAGCGCCCCCCCCUCCGCCACCGGCCGCCUCACCCCCGCCGUGCGCUCCACCUUCAACCCGGCCGCUGAGGCCAAGCUCUACCCAGCCUCGCUGCGCCAGGAGCCGCCUGCCUUCGAGGGCCCGGCCCGGCGCGAGAAGCUGGCCAUGUACCGCCAGGAGCUGGAGCGUGGGGCCGAGGCCGGGCCUGCCCGGGGCUGGCGCGGGCACCAUCCACACCCGGAGCUGCGUUACUACAACCUGCCGGCCCGGGCGGCCAGCGCCGCCAUGUAUGUCCCGGCCAAGCCGCUGCGCCGGAAAGGCCCGCUGGUGAAGCAGACCAAGGUGGAGGAUGAGCAGAGGCAGCAAGGGGCUGCCCCCCAGACUCAGCCGCCCCCGACGCCGCCCACCCCGGCGCCGCCCGCCCCCGAGAAGAACUCCAUCGCCAUCCCCACCAUCGUCAUCAAAGCCCCCUCCACCAGCAGCAGCGGGCGCAGCAGCCAGGGCAGCAGCAUGGAGGCCGAGGGGCAGCCAGAGCCGGCCCCGGUGCCCACCUUGCCCCUCCACAACAGCAUGGACUUCACCAGCCAGUUUGGAGCGGCCCUGGUGGGGGCGGCACGGCGGGACCGGGAGUGGCACAGCGAGGCCCGCCGUCGCUCCGCCCUCUUCCUCUCCACCGAGGUGCCAGAGGACGAGGCGCCCGAGCCGGCUACAGCGCCCCGGCUCCGGCACUCGAAGAGCAUCGACGAGGGCAUGUUCUCGGCCGAGCCCUACCUGCAGCUGAAUUACGCCCAGCCCCUGCCGCCGGGCACCUAUUACCAGCCACGCCCCGCCAAGGGCUAUGGGGGAACCAGCACCACCAGCGCCUUCACCACCGUCUGCUCCAGCUUCCUGCCCCAGCUUCAGCCCCGGCCGGGCGGCGGGAACGCGCUGCCCCUCAUCCACCCCCUGACGGGCAAGAUCCUGGACCCGGGCUCGCCCCUGGGCCUGGCGCUGGUGGCCCGGGAGCGGGCGCUGCAGGAAUCACACUCCCAGCAGCUGCAGCAAGGCCGGGCGGAGGCGGAGGAGCGAAGGUCCCGCCCAUCCUCGCCCCGGUUCGGGGAGGUGGCGCCGGAGCCCUCUGGAGGAGGCGGCUCCAUCCUGCGCCUGUGGGGGGCGCCGGCGGGCGAGCCGCCCCCGGAGAGCCCCCGGCGCCAGGCCCCCUCCGAGCCCAAGGGUGGCCAAUGGGCGGGGGAGAAGCGGGGGGAGGAGGGGGCUGGGGGCGAGAAGCUGCAUGUGCGCUUCAUGGAGAACUGCCGGCCCCAGGAGGAGAGCGAGCCGGCGCCGGCCCAGGGGGCGGAGGAGAACGGGCUGCCCCUGCUGGUCCUCCCGCCGCCGGCUCCCUCCGUCGACGUGGACGACGAGUUCCUCUUCACCGAGCCGCUGCCCCCGCCGCUGGAGUUCUCCAAUAGCUUUGAGAAGCCCGACUCCCCCAAGGCGGGCCGGGAGCCCCCCGCCGUCCCCGCCCCGGAGCCGGUGCCCGCGCCACCGCCGCCCGCCACCACUGCCCUGGACUCCACCACCUCCAGCCUGACCUCCUACGACAGCGAGGUGGCCACGCUGACCCAGGGCGGGGCGCCCGAGCCCCGGGAGGCCCCCCACGUCAACUUCUCCUCGGUGGUGUCCUCCAUCCAGAUCCCGGCGCCCGAGCCCCCCGAGGCGGUGACCGACUCAGGCAUUGAGGAGAUCGACAGCCGGAGCAGCAGCGACCACCACCUGGAGACCAUCAGCUCCGUCUCCACCCUGUCCAGCAUGUCGGGGCUGUCCAGCGAGGGGGUGGAGCUGCUGGACAGUUACGUCACCUACCUGGACGGCCAAGCCUUCGGGGGCCCGGCAGAGAAGCCCAGCAAGCUGCGUUCCCGGCCCUUCCCCGCCCGCCGUGACCCCGCCACCCCCACCAGCUCCACCAUCUCGGUGGCGGCCUGCGCCGAGAGCGUUUUCGCCCUCACGCCCGCCCCGGCCCAGGAGCCGCCCGCCCCGCAGCGCCGCUCGCCCACCCUGCCCUGGGAGGAGGGCGGGGCGGCCAAGCCCUCGCCCGUCUCGGCCAUGAAAGCCAGCAUCAUCAGCGAGCUGAGCUCCAAACUGCAGCAGAUGAGCGGGGUGUCCGCCAAAGGUAGCGUCCGGAGGAGGCCGGAUGGAUGGAUGGAGGAAGCCAGCAGCACCGCCGGGGGUGCCCCGUGCAUGCCUCACGCCGCCGUGCCCGUCACUCAUGUUUGCUUUGGGCUCCCCGAGGACGUGUCGGGCCCCUCCAAGCCGCCCGGCAGCCUGUUCCACAACUGGCCCAAGGCGGGGCCGGGCGCCAAGCCCCCGAAGAGCGUGGAGUUCGACAUCCGCCCGGCGCUGCGCCGCGCCCCCAGCCCCGCCGCCCUGCCCAGCGAGCACAAGAUCAGCUUGGCCCCCCGGCCCUCCUCCCUGCCCAUCCUGCCCUCCGUCCCCCUCUACGGCGGCAUCUACGACCUGCGCGGCUCCCCCCCCUCCGGCCCCUGCCCCUUCCCCGACUUCCCCUCCGGCAGCCGCUCCCUCUCGCCCACCCACUUCCUGCCCCCGGCCACGGACAAGCCCUUCGGCGCCAAGCCCCUGCCCUUCUGGACCAAAUUCGACGUGGCCGACUGGCUGGAGUACCUGAAACUGGGCGAGCACCGCGAGCGCUUCCUGGACAACGAGAUCGACGGCUCCCACCUGCCCUCGCUCACCAAGGAGGAUUACAUCGACCUGGGCGUCACCCGGGUCGGGCACCGCAUGAACAUUGGCCGCGCCCUCAAGCUCUUCCUGGAGAGGUGAUGAGAGAAUCCCCCGCCCCAGGAGAGGGGAGCCCCUAGCCCCCCCGCCCCCCCAGGAGAGAGGGGAGCCCACCCCAGCCCCCCGAGGACACACAGGCCCGAAUGGAUGACGCCAGGAGCAAGGAGAAGCCGGGUGGCGAUGUCCCCCCCAACCCCAGAGAGUGAUGGGCCCCCAGCAAUGCCCCCCCCUUGGAAAGAAAGGGGCCUUGGAUCCCGGGGGGGCAUAGAGGGGGCUGGCAGGCAAGGGAGAGAGCGUUGUGUAAUGGCUUGGUUCCGUGCCGCCUUGCACCAUUGCUCAUGUGUGCGCAUUCGCUUGUGCACCGGCUUGCACCAUUGCUCAUGUGUGUGCGCUCCCCUGUGCCCCCACCAGCAUAAUCACAAGUGUGUGUGCUCUCUGUGCGCUGUCUGUUGCGAUGUGUACCCUCGGCUAGGUGUUAGCUUGUCCAUUAGCACACUGCGAAUCAGUGGAUGUUGUCGCUUGUGCAUGCACACUCGCCAUCUCACACUGUUGCUCACGUGUACAUUUGCCUAUGCACUGGCUUGCACCAUUGCACACAGGUGCAUGCUCACUUGUGCACCCCUUUGCAUCAUCACUAGUGCACCCAUGCUCUCUGUAUCAUCUGUCGCACAUGGACACUCAGCUAUGUGCUAGCUUGCACAUUUGCACACUGAAAUCAGUGUACACUGUCACUUGUGUGUGCACACUUGCUGCCAUAUCACACCAUUGCUCAUGUGGACACUUAGUUGCACGUGGGGUUGCACCAAUGCUUGUCUGCACAUUCAGCUUCAUGUCUGCUUGCACCAUUGUCCUCAUGCUCAUCUGCUCGUGCCAUCAGUCACGGACACAUUCAGCUACUCACCAGCUUGCACCAUUGCCCACACAAGCAUACUUAGCUGGGCCCCAACUUGCACCAUCACUCGCAUGUGCACAUUUGGAGCAUUGGCUUGUACCAUUGCCUGCACGAGGACAGUUGCCAUUGCUUGUAUGUGCACCAUCACUGUACCCUCCCCCACCACCUUGCACACUAGCCCCUGCUCUACCCUGCCACACAGACCGGGUCGUGCUUUCUCACGCACGUGUCAGGGGCUGCAUGUGCCUGUGCCUUGCUGGGCUGUCCGUGGGUUCGGGGUGAACCAUCUUCCCUAGUGCUCCAAGGGGGAGGGGUGAAUUGGAGAGCAACAGGAUUGAGGGUGGGGGCGACAGGCACAAGAUGGGGGGGCUCCU